CCAUUCUAUAAAAUCAAAAUAAUUGAAACCAAAGAUUCUCUCUCUCUCUCUCUCAUGAUCCCUACGCCAUGGAACCAUUUCCCUCAUAAAAUUCUCUCUUCCUUUUUGGGUUCUCCUCAAUCCAUUCCAAGCUUCAAUCUUUUCUCUCUUCUGCCCUCUGCACCUCCCCUCACACCCUUCCUCAUUCGCAGAUAUAGGAGGUGAAGAUGUCGACCCCGGCAAGGAAGAGACUGAUGAGGGAUUUUAAAAGAUUGCAACAAGAUCCUCCUGCUGGCAUCAGUGGGGCUCCCCAAGACAAUAAUAUUAUGCUUUGGAAUGCUGUUAUCUUUGGACCAGAUGACACCCCUUGGGAUGGAGGUACGUUUAAGUUGACACUUCAGUUUACAGAGGAUUAUCCUAAUAAACCACCUACUGUGCGUUUUGUUUCUCGAAUGUUUCAUCCUAACAUUUAUGCGGAUGGCAGUAUAUGCUUGGACAUUUUACAGAAUCAGUGGAGCCCUAUUUAUGACGUAGCUGCAAUUCUUACCUCAAUCCAGUCAUUGCUGUGUGAUCCAAACCCAAAUUCACCAGCAAAUUCUGAAGCUGCUCGGAUGUUCAGUGAAAACAAGCGUGAAUACAACAGAAGAGUACGUGAGAUUGUUGAGCAGAGUUGGACUGCUGACUAAUCAUCAUAGAUAAGAUAGGGCUUCUGUGACAAUCAAAAGGUUGUCAAAAGGAUAUAUGAUUGAAUAACCAGCAGACUUCAAAAAGAACCAUUAUGAUUUUCUAGUCCUUGACACUGUGCUUGCUCAAACUCUAUGAGUUAAUGUUCCACCUUAUUUUCUCCAUGUUGUGUGGUUCA